UGUAUCCUAGAGCAAUACAUUUUCACUUGUUAUGACUGUGAUUGGACAGACGCUGGCAGAAUCAGAUAAAACCUCAUUACAGCUGAACAAGCACUGGUGUGACAUGAGGAUUGGGAAGGGGAACAACAAGAAACUGCAACAUCAUAGCUUUUACUUUUUCACUUGCACCUGUUUAACUCAUAGUGAUGGUUCCACUGAAGAAAAGUUGCUCUGCGGCAGCCCCGUUAUCUCAGCUCAAGAUGUACAGCUUCAUGGGAGGAGGCCUGUUCUGUGCUAUUGUUGGUAAUAUCCUGUUGGUGGUCUCCACUGCAACUGACUACUGGAUGCAGUACCGUCUCUCUGGAAGCUAUGCCCACCAGGGUCUGUGGAGGUACUGCAUGUCCAACAAGUGCUACAUGCAGACUGACAGCAUAGCUUACUGGAAUGCCACCAGGGCCUUCAUGAUCCUUUCGGGGAUGUCGUGCUUUGCAGGCAUUAUCGCUGGCAUCAUGUCAUUCGCUCACUUCUCCUCCUUUGAAAGGUUCAAUCGCUCUUUUGCUGCUGGAAUCAUGUUUUUUGUCUCCACUUUCUUUGUUCUGCUGGGUAUGGCCAUUUAUACUGGAGUGACAGUUAACUUCCUGGGGAAGCGGUUUGGUGACUGGCGCUUCUCCUGGUCCUACAUACUGGGCUGGGUGGCCAUGCUCAUGAACUUCUUUGCAGGUAUUUUCUACAUAUGUGCUUACAGAAUGUGUGAAUGCAGGAGAGGAAAUGGCCCACGCUAGAGGGAGAUAGACAGUUUGUUAAAAAAAGGACAAUGACACUUUGAGUUGAGGACAAACAAAAGUUGGAGGACAAAAGUGUUGACUGAUCUACUGAAGAAAUGACGUUGGAUGCUGCUCCCGGAGGCUUUUGAGGGUCUGCUUAACAUGUUUUCUAAAAGUGGAUAUUGUUUGACGAUAGCAAAGAGGAUCUUAAUAAAACGAAUUAUGUGUAUAAUUAUUGUAAGAGGAUAUUGGUAAAAUCUAAUAAAAA